CUCUCCGCCUGACAGCACCGCUCUCUCGCGGACUCGCUGCUUCUCCUAGGUGAUCCAUUUCUAGGCAACGUGAAGCUGCUCCCGAAGCUGCCAGGCUCGCUCCUCGCUUCCUGCAUCCCGCCAGGCGAACGUUGCGGAGCAUCCUGCAGCCCGCGCGGCGUCUUCCCUCCGCCGGCCAGGCCCGCUGCUCGCGCCUGGCGCAACUCCCCCGCCACCGCGCCGCGACUAGCCCAGCGCCUCCUCUCCAGCCCUGCGCUCGCCGCGCGCAGAAGGGAUUUUCUCUGCAUCACUAUCUGCAUUACCUUGAAGUUCACUUUUCCUGCCCCUCAGGGAGUGGGCCUUCCCCCUCCCUGCUGGAAUCUGGCCGCCCCGCUUGGAACCUCAUCUUCCCUGGCACUUAGACCCUGGCAGCGAGGCGCCGCGACCGUGUGGCCCCGGGCGUAGGGGCUGGGCGGCAGGAGGCCGGGGGCGCGUCCGGCGCGGGGGUGCUCCAGUCGCGGAGCUGAGACCCCCACCGGGGCCCCCGCGCGGACACGGCCACCGGCGGAGCGCCCAGCCUCGCCCCCUGCCCGGGAGCAGCCGAGGCUGGAUGCAUUUUUAAAAAGCCAAACUGCAAACAACUCUGGCGAUGCCAAAAUUCCUCUCUAAGUGACAAGGCUCUGGAAGGAGGUUUCCUCGGGUUAGGAUCGCUCUGCCACCGCCUCUGCCUCCUCGGCGACCAGAACAGCCUUCGCCAGGGCAAGAGGAAUUUGGAAAUAAGGGGGAAGCUGCGCGCAACUCUAUCGUGAGCUCAAACUCUUGGACUGGUUAAAGCAAAUCUACAUAUCGGAAGCGAAGCCAUCGUCGAAGAGGACCGGAUAGGAGGAUGGAAGUUUUCCCUUUGCUCCUGCUUCUGUUCAUCUGGUGGUCUCGAACCUGGGACCUGGCUGCAGCGGAUUCGAUCAUUCACAUCGGAGCAAUUUUUGACGAAUCUGCCAAAAAGGAUGAUGAGGUAUUCCGCACAGCAGUUGGUGACCUCAACCAGAAUGAGGAAAUCUUACAGACUGAGAAAAUCACAUUUUCAGUGACAUUUGUUGAUGGCAACAACCCUUUUCAAGCUGUUCAAGAAGCAUGUGAACUUAUGAACCAGGGCAUCCUGGCCCUGGUUAGCUCCAUCGGCUGUACCUCGGCUGGGUCCCUCCAGUCUCUGGCAGAUGCCAUGCACAUCCCCCACCUCUUCAUUCAGCGCUCAACGGCUGGGACUCCAAGAAGUGGCUGUGGCCUCACCCGGAGCAACAGAGUCGACGACUAUACUCUUUCUGUUCGUCCACCUGUCUACCUGAAUGAAGUCAUCUUGAGAGUGGUCACAGAGUACGCCUGGCAGAAAUUCAUUAUUUUCUAUGACAGUGAAUAUGAUAUCCGUGGAAUACAGGAGUUUCUGGACAGAGUAUCUCAGCAGGGAAUGGACGUGGCUCUUCAAAAAGUGGAAAACAACAUCAAUAAAAUGAUCACUACCCUCUUCGAUACCAUGAGGAUUGAGGAACUGAAUCGCUAUCGAGACACUCUUAGGAGAGCCAUUCUUGUUAUGAAUCCUGCCACAGCCAAAUCCUUCAUAAGUGAGGUCGUAGAGACCAACUUGGUUGCUUUUGACUGUCACUGGAUUAUUAUAAAUGAGGAAAUAAAUGAUAUGGAUGUCCAGGAACUUGUAAGAAGGUCAAUUGGGAGGUUAACAAUUAUUCGGCAGACAUUUCCAGUUCCCCAGAAUAUAAGUCAGAGGUGUUUCCGUGGCAACCAUCGAAUCUCUUCAACACUGUGUGAUCCCAAGGAUCCGUUUGCUCAGAAUAUGGAGAUUUCAAACCUUUAUAUCUACGACACGGUGCUUCUGCUUGCUAAUGCCUUUCAUAAGAAACUGGAGGACCGGAAGUGGCAUAGUAUGGCAAGUUUGUCAUGCAUCAGGAAAAACUCAAAGCCCUGGCAGGGAGGGCGGUCCAUGCUGGAAACCAUCAAGAAGGGUGGAGUUAAUGGCUUGACUGGAGAGCUAGAAUUUGGAGAAAACGGAGGUAACCCCAACGUCCACUUUGAAAUCCUUGGAACCAACUAUGGAGAAGAGCUUGGCAGAGGCGUUCGUAAACUUGGCUGUUGGAAUCCUGUCACAGGUCUGAACGGGUCACUGACUGACAAGAAGCUGGAGAAUAACAUGCGGGGUGUGGUUCUACGUGUGGUGACUGUCCUGGAGGAACCUUUUGUGAUGGUCUCUGAAAAUGUCUUGGGAAAGCCGAAGAAAUACCAGGGCUUCUCCAUUGAUGUCUUGGAUGCCUUAUCUAACUACCUGGGUUUUAACUAUGAAAUUUAUGUUGCACCCGAUCAUAAAUAUGGAAGCCCACAAGAAGACGGGACAUGGAAUGGAUUGGUAGGAGAACUAGUUUUUAAGAGAGCCGACAUAGGGAUUUCUGCUUUAACCAUCACUCCAGACCGUGAGAAUGUUGUGGAUUUUACAACACGUUAUAUGGACUACUCAGUGGGGGUCCUACUUCGAAGGGCUGAAAAGACUGUGGACAUGUUUGCCUGCCUUGCACCAUUUGAUCUGUCUCUAUGGGCCUGCAUUGCUGGCACAGUCCUUCUGGUGGGUCUACUGGUCUACCUCUUGAACUGGCUUAAUCCCCCACGAUUACAAAUGGGAUCAAUGACAUCUACUACACUCUACAAUUCCAUGUGGUUUGUGUAUGGAUCCUUUGUACAACAAGGUGGGGAAGUCCCAUACACAACGCUGGCAACCCGAAUGAUGAUGGGGGCAUGGUGGCUAUUUGCUUUGAUUGUCAUCUCAUCUUACACAGCCAACCUUGCAGCCUUCCUCACUAUCACCCGCAUUGAGAGCUCGAUCCAGUCUCUCCAGGAUCUGUCCAAACAAACAGACAUCCCUUAUGGCACAGUCCUGGACUCUGCAGUGUACCAGCAUGUCCGCAUGAAGGGACUGAAUCCUUUCGAGAGGGACAGCAUGUAUUCCCAAAUGUGGAGAAUGAUCAACCGAAGCAAUGGAUCAGAGAACAAUGUUCUGGAAUCCCAAGCAGGCAUUCAGAAGGUGAAAUAUGGAAACUAUGCUUUUGUAUGGGAUGCAGCUGUGCUGGAGUACGUGGCCAUCAAUGACCCCGACUGUUCCUUCUACACUGUUGGGAAUACAGUUGCUGACAGGGGAUAUGGGAUCGCAUUGCAGCACGGCAGUCCCUAUCGAGAUGUUUUUUCACAAAGGAUCCUGGAGCUACAGCAGAGUGGGGACAUGGAUAUUCUCAAGCACAAGUGGUGGCCCAAGAACGGCCAGUGUGACCUAUACUCCUCCGUGGACGCCAAGCAGAAGGGAGGCGCCCUGGACAUCAAGAGCUUUGCGGGAGUAUUCUGUAUCCUGGCAGCGGGAAUCGUGCUGUCCUGCUUCAUAGCCAUGCUGGAGACAUGGUGGAACAAGAGGAAAGGCUCCCGGGUCCCAUCCAAAGAGGAUGACAAGGAAAUUGACCUGGAGCACCUCCAUAGACGAGUAAAUAGCUUGUGCACAGAUGACGACAGCCCCCAUAAACAGUUUUCCACCUCGUCAAUUGACUUGACCCCUCUGGACAUUGACACUUUGCCAACACGACAAGCCCUGGAGCAGAUCAGUGAUUUCAGGAACACUCACAUCACCACCACCACCUUCAUCCCAGAGCAGAUCCAGACUCUUAGCCGUACACUCUCAGCGAAGGCGGCCUCUGGCUUCGCUUUCGGCAGCGUGCCUGAGCACCGAACUGGCCCUUUUAGGCACAGGGCCCCUAACGGGGGCUUUUUCAGGAGUCCUAUAAAAACAAUGUCAUCUAUUCCUUAUCAGCCAACUCCCACCCUGGGGCUUAAUCUGGGCAAUGACCCCGACCGAGGCACGUCCAUAUGAGCAGCAGACAGCUCCGGUUAUUCUAGGAUCCCCAGCAAGGAGCAACUGUAAUGUGGGACUAACACGGAUGUAACGAUUAUUUAAAAGAAAUCAGGAUAAUUAGUAACACUUCUAGUUCUUUCUCCCCACAUUCCUUCCCUGCUCUAUUCCUUUCGGUUUUCCUCUCUUCUUGUCUGUUACCCUCCAUUGUUUUCAUUAGUCAACUUGUUCCCCGAGAAUAUAGUGUUGUAGGAUCCUAUUAGUCCGCUUUUCUUACGCUGUACUUCAAGUACAGGAGAUGUGCACUGUUACCAAGAGCAUCGCAGGCUGAUCUCACAUAAAGGCCUCUCACACGCCGUUUCUCUAUUUUGAAACCGUAAUCGCAAUAACUUCUGUCUUUCUCCAUUCCUUUGCUGCAUCCAUCUAAUGCUCCACUGCUGCUGAACGUCCUUUAACUGUGGACCAAAGGCAACCCCUGCAGUGUCUGUAAAACGAUUUUAAGACCAUUCAGGCCACAGAAUAUGAGAAUGCAAUUUCGUAGGAUUACAAAAAAGCCAUUAAUAUGCAGUCAAGACUACAGUUAAAUUCCUUUCGCACUGCAACAGUGCGUCCAACCUUUAUGUGAUUGUACAGUGUUCAAACUUUUCUUAUGUACAGUAAACUUUACCAUAUGGCAAAGGCCUCUAUUGUGUUAAAUAACUUAGUAUCUCAUAUAUAUACAUAUAUAUGCACCUAUAUAACGUGUAUAUAUAUAAAAAGGCAGCCAUUGCUAUUGCAAUUCAUUUAAUAAAGCUUUAGUUUAAAAACCAAGUAUUGUAUACAGGAGCUAUGAUAGGGCAGGAGGUCUUUUUGGCUGGAGAGGCAGGUUGCUUUAAUGUCGCUCUGACCUGCAUUGUUUGCCAACAGAGACUAUUUUAUACUUUGUUAUUAAAACAUCCAGGCCCAUUUCAUCUUUGUUCCCAGAUGUUCUCAUUUGAAUGAGUUUUUGCAUUUGUUAUUCAGCAGCAUAUAAAGCUAACUUUGAUCAUUUUACCUUUAAUUGCUUAUCUAAAUGGAAAACGCUAUUAUUACCUGAUCCGCACACACAGCACACAGAGCUCAGAGUUUAACCUUAGAUCACUGAAGGUUAAAGUCUUCUUCCAAAACUGCAAGCCAGUGGAUUUAACAACUGUGGUUUGGGAGGAGUGGGAGCCCUUCGGGAGUAUUGAUGUGGCCUUACUUGUGUCAUACAUCCCCCUACAGCAAAAAUGUAACAACCGUACUGGGCUCUUUCUUAUCCAAACCCUUUCUUUCUGGUUCUAUUCAGAGUUCUGUCUUUUUUAAAUCAGUGCCAGUGCAUUAGCAGGAUGGCAAGCAAAAAACAGUGCCUCUUUGUGCACAGCCCUCUAAAAGUAGCAUCCUCAUCUGUUAGAAACGUAGAGUGCUUCACCUGUAAUCCUUAAAUUCAAAUGUGGUAAGUUGGAAGCAAGAAUUCUGUUUUCCCACAGCCAUGCGUCUCAUUUUAAUCUCGUUCAUUCCAUGGUUAGGAUCGCUAGAGGAACCAGCCUAUGUGAUUUGCUUUAGGAACAAUUAAGAGGUAUAUUCUUAAGGUAUAUUCUAUUUUAACCUAAUUCUGUUCUGGGGAGCAGCUUGUACUGUCACUGUUUUUGUACUAAAUCUUCAAAUAUUGUCUACUGUGUAAGGCAGAAAACUUUCUUAUCAUGAGAAACCACUUUGUUUCCAGGGUGACGAGUCCCGAAGUGCAUGCACACCUUGUUCCCCCGUAACAUUCAUGUUCUCAUUACGAUUCUGAUUUUCAAACAGAAAAGUCUUUCCAGUAUAUAGGGGCAUACCAGAUGCUGCAGUGACUUCAGCUAUCAACAAACUGUUAACCAUGUACAAUAUUGAAAAUAGGCUGAUUUUGAUGUAUUGCCUAGUCUACAGAUACACAAAACAUUUUGGAGGCCUCAGUUAUGAGUGGCAGAGCUUUCUGUGUAUAAUUUGUCUACAUAAUUUGUCUAAUAAAAAUGUUUUCUAAACUUGCUC